UGAAAGUCACAGAUCGAAAGAGAUUCAAUAUCGAAAAAGGAUUUUCCUGUCUGGUGAGAAUGGAAAUAAACAAGAUAAGUUUCAUCCUAGGAAUCCUGGGGUUUUUGUUUUUGAAUGCGACGCCGCGUUGCACGGCUUACAACGUCCACCAUUACAGCUUUAUUCUGAGGGAGACGAAUUUCACAAGACUGUGUACAACAAAGAGCAUGUUCACUGUAAACGGUCAAUGGCCUGGUCCGACCAUUCAUGUUCGUAAAGGCGACAGAGCAUUUGUCAAUGUUCACAAUAAUGGAGAAUAUGGAGUUACUAUUCACUGGCACGGAGUGAAGCAACCAAGAAAUCCAUGGUCGGAUGGUCCCGAGAACAUCACACAGUGUCCCAUUCAACCAGGAAAAAACUUCACAUAUGAGGUUAUAUUUUCAGACGAAGAAGGAACACUUUGGUGGCAUGCUCAUAGUGACUGGUCCAGGGCCACAAUCCAUGGUGCCAUUGUCAUCUUACCUAAACUUGGAACCAGUUAUCCCUUUCCCAAACCCUACGCCGAACAAGUUCUUAUACUCGCGGAAUGGUUUAACGGAGAUGUCAAGGAGAUAAUUGAGAAUGCCACUGCAACCGGUGGUGAUCCGGAAACAUCAAAUGCCUACGCCAUCAAUGGCCAACCAGGAUUUCCAAAUAAUUGCUCUAAUGAAACAACAUAUCGUUUGCCAGUCCGACGCGGCAAGACAUAUCUACUUCGUCUAGUAAAUUCUGGGAUGAAUGAAGAAAUGUUCUUUGGAAUCGCAAAGCACAACCUCACAGUUGUUGCCCAAGAUGGUGCAUAUAUAAAACCCAUAACCACCAGUUACAUCAUGAUAACCCCAGGACAAACCAUGGACAUCUUGCUCACAGCAAACCAAGCUCCCAGUCACUAUUACAUGGCUGCUUCUCCUUUCUUUGACUCUAAUGCUCCAUAUGACAGUUCCAAUACUUCCGCGAUUCUCCAGUAUACCGGCACUUAUACUCUUCCAGCCUCUAUUCCAUAUCCGACUCUUCCUAAUGCUACUGACAAGGCUGCUGCAGACAAUUUCACAACUCGCAUAAGGGCUUUGGCGAGUCCCAAGUACCCAAUUGAUGUCCCGAAAAAAAUAGACACAAGAAUUAUUAUAGCAGUUUCUGUAAACCAGAUACUUUGCGCAAAUGCAUCGUGUAGUGGUCCAAAUGGUAAUAGGUUAUCUGCAAGCUUAAACAAUAUAAGUUUCGUGACUCCAAAGAUUGAUGUAUUGCAAGCAUAUUACAGGAGUUUGCCGAAAGUGUUCACCAAGGAUUUUCCCAACAAGCCACCCUAUGAAUUCAACUACACAGGAGAUGUGGGUAAUAACACAAUAUAUCCAAGCCUAGGAACAAAUGUAACGUUGAUAAAGUACGGGGCUGCAGUAGAAAUAGUGUUCCAAGGGACUAAUGUUGGGAAUGCGGAGAAUCAUCCGAUGCAUCUCCAUGGUUUUAGCUUUUAUUUGGUUGGGACGGGCUAUGGCAAUUACAACGCGACCACUUCCCCCAAAACAUAUAAUUUGAAGGAUCCACCGAAAGUUAACACCAUUGGCGUUCCUAAGAAUGGGUGGGCUACAAUUAGAUUCAUUGCCGAUAAUCCUGGGGUUUGGUUUAUGCACUGCCAUUUGGAACGGCAUGCUUCUUGGGGUAUGGACACUGUUCUGAUUGUGAAGAAUGGGCCGACCAAAGAAACAAGCAUCCGACCACCCCCAGCUCAUUUGCCUAUUUGUUCUUAGUUUUCAUGAGAAAGCUGCCCCACCCAUCUUCAAUGUCUACGGAAUCAACGCGUGAAGUCUGAUUUCAAUAAGAUCUAAUACAUUUGUCGUUUUGGAAAGACAUUGAGUGGUCUUUUAAUAUUGCAAAUAGUCGUUUCAGCCCUUCUGAUUUGUAGUAAUUCCUGUAUAAAAUAAAUUUGGCAAUCCUGCAGUAAUUCCUGA